AAUUUAGGAAGGGGGGAUCAAUUUUCAUAAAUAAUUGCCGCAGAUUUAAAAAAAAAAACCUAUCUAUUUCUGUUUUACAUAAUUGGUUUAACCAAAUGUGAAUUUCCUCUUCUGGGGUCCAAUUAAGUCAUGAUUUUCUCACAUUAUCUUGUUAUGUGCAAAGUGGACUUCCAACACCUAUUUUCACGCAAAAUAAUGAGCUUUAACAAAAUAUUACACCUUACCAUAAUAUAAUAAUUAAUUAUUUAGACCAAUAAGUGAUAAUUAUUGGAUGAUUGUAGUAGUAGAGAAACAAAAAGGUGACUUUACAGUAUAUGGCUGUCCAGAAGCAAUAUUGCAGCUGUGUUAUUGACAAAGUAAAAAUAUGAAGGACGUAUUAAGAAUAAUUGAUACUAUGACCAGUAUUUUAAAGUAUUUUUAGAUAUUUGGUGCUUUUAUUAUCCAAAGAGAGAGAUGAAACAAAGGUCAGUGCUCCCUAACAUUUUCUGGAUGUGUUCACAGAUUUUACUUUCAUAUUUAAAAUGCUUCUCCUGUCACAGCAAAUUUGGGAUAAAGAAAAAGAAAAGAAAAGGAUAUGCUUUUAUUUUUUAAAUUCAGACAGGAAGUAGAAAUGUAUUUUUACUCUUUGAGUGGACAUGCUUGAUUUACAAGUUUCCGAGCGACUGUAAAUGAUUCAUCAAGGCCAUAACUGGUGGGACAGUUCAGUUUAAACAAACAAGACAGGUCGGACAACAACAUUAAGAGGUUUCAUAACCCCCCAAAAAACAUGAAGGUCCUGAACAAAGAAGAGCUUCACACCGCUGAACGAGUUCUGCUGAAACACGUCCCGAAGAGUUUGAAGGUAUAUGGCUUCCUCUAUGGUAUUAACAGGAAUAAACCGAGUACACUGGAGGUAGUCGUUGAUACCUGGCCUGAUUUUAAGGUGAUCAUUUGCCGACCUGACCCCAAGAACAAGCGCGCUCUGGAGUUCAUGAAAAAGGUGACAUACUUCAGCACGGAUGAACAGAUUUUAAGGAGAAUGCUGACAGAAGAAAAUGCAAUUGACUGGAGAACUUACUUCCUUAUUGGAGGAUUUGACUUUUCCCAUGCCCCCAUGCUCAAAGAAGUGUCUUCUGCCAGAGAUGUCAACAACAGAGGCUAUACAUUGGUGCGUCUUCUGUAUUUGCCAGACAGCAGCCAUCUGCUCCCACCAGCAGUUGACAGUGAGCUUGAAUCAAGGAUUUCAUCUCUUAACCUUUCCCAUGUUGACUUGGUGAAUAACACCUGGAAGUUUGGAGGGAACAAGAGGGGUCACACGAACAUUAAAAACCUCAUCGGCAACUUCCCGUCAUGCUGCAUCACUGAUGGUGAGGGUCAACCGGUGUCCUGGAUGCUGGUGUACGACUACUGUGCCCUUGGCAUUUUGUACACUCUGCCAGAGCACAGGGGGAAAGGCUAUGCCAAAGUCCUGGUCAGCACCAUGGCCAAGAGACUCCACGCUGAGGGGUACCCAGUGUACUGCUUCAUAGAGGAGGAUAAUGAGGUCUCCUACAGGCUCUUUAAAAACCUGGGCUUCACUGAGGAUCCCUCAUACAGGGCGGGGUGGUUCGAGUUCAACAUUUGAUUUUGUAACAAUUGUGAUUUUGUAAUAAUUCUCUGAAUGCAUAGCUGACAUAAUAUCAGGUUUUAAAGUGGUUAUAAAUUCUCCUGGUUAUAUACUGACUGUAUUAUAAGGGUAAAGAGGCAUUAACUAACACUAAUACAAUAAUAAUGUCACAUUUUCAUACAGGUAUUUAGAGAAGAGAGAUAAAUAAAAUGAAGUUGUGUUGAUUCAUGCUUUCCUUUCUGUGAAUUAUAAAAUGAUGUUCAUACACACAUACUGUACUGUAUAUUCUCUAUAUAUACCAUAGAGUUUGCCUCAUUUUAUACACACCUGUGCAAUUAUUAGUAACAGUGGUUCCCAAUAAUAAAGACAUUUUAUGCA